UAUAGUCUCGAAGUUCUCUUAAAAAAAUCUACGCAAGAUGAGCGAAGUGGGUAUAGUGGACAGCCGGAAGCUGAGCACGAGCAGCUCGUUGCAGCGCCAGUGCGCAAAAGUUUCAGAAAACGAGCCGGCCACUUUCGAGGAAGCCAUCUCGGCCACCCGAUUCGGCAAGUUCAACUGGUUGCUGGCCUUCGUGUGCGUACCCGCCAGUUUCUGUAUCGUGUUCGACACUACCUCCAUGUCGUACACUUCGGUGGCUGCGCAGUGCGAUCUCGACCUCGAUCUCAACGACAAAGGGCUGCUGAAUGCAGUCACCUACGCCGGAAUGGUGUCGAGUGCCGCCAUCUGGGGGUUCCUGUUCGACGUACUCGGCAGGAAACGCCUCAUCUUCGUCGGCUUCUUGGCGGACGGCCUCUUCGUCCUAGUCAGCGCGUUCGCGCAAGAUUUGAUGCUGAUCCUAGCGGCCAAAUUCUUCCAGGGAUUCAUAGUGAUCGGCCCGUUCUCCGCCCUGAGCUCCUACAUAUCCGAAUUCCACUGCGCCAGGUACAGGCCCGCUUUCCAGCUGCUCAUAGGCUGCUGCAACAGCUUCGGCACCGUGUUGCUGCCGCUCAUAGCGUGGGCGUUGCUGCCCCAGGAUCUGGACUUUUCGGUCAUCGGCUUGGAUUUCCAUUCUUGGAACGUAUUUCUAUUCGUCACGGCCGUUCCCGCGCUGCUGAACGCCGCCAUUUUUGCGUUCCUACCCGAAAGUCCCAAGUUCCUGAUGAUGUGCGGGGAGAACGAGAAAGCGCUGAAGGUGUUCGAGACGGUAUACCGGGUGAACACGGGGCUGCCCGCCGAUACAUUCCCGGUAAAGAGACUUGUCGACGAGACCAAGUUGAACGAGAACGCGCAACAUGGCGGCAAGGUGACCGCCCACCGGACGAAGGCGCAAGCCUUGAAAGAAGGCUUCCAGCAGAUCAGGCCUUUGUUCUUUCCGCCGCACCUGUUUAGGAUGAUGCUGGUCUGCGUUGUCACCCUGUGUAUCGCGUCCAGCGUCAACAUGCUCAGACUGUGGCUGCCGCAAAUAUUCCAAGCCAUGACCGACUACGAGAAGUUGCAGGAGUCCGCGGACCUCUGCACCAUGAUGGAAUCGAUAGUGCCGAUCAAUCGGACUGUGGAGUCAUGCGUAGUCAACACCGACAACCAGAGGGUCUACAUCAACUCGAUGAUAGUAGGCUGCACGUCGAUCGUGGGAUACGGCAUUACCGUCUUUCUGAUGCGUAUCGUCGGAAAGAGGAACGUUCUCGUGGCGGCGGCGACGAUUUCAGGGGCGGCGGCCAUUUCGAUGUAUUUCGCGCAGAACUCGGACAUGGCGCUGGCCUUUUCGGCGGUUUUCAACGCCAUGGGGGCGCUCUCGGCCAACGUCGUCAUUUCGGUGACGGUGGACCUGUUUCCCACGACCUUGAGGACCCUCGCCAUAUCGAUAGGCGCCAUGUCAGGCCGGGCGGGCGCUAUGAGCGGCAGUUUCAUAUUCCCGUUUCUCAUACAGAGCGGCUGCCUGCCGCCAUUUUUAGCGGUCGGCGGUCUUUUGCUGAGUGCCGCCUGCUUGUCGAUGUUCUUCCCGAAGACGGACAUGCAGGCCCUGCAAUAGGAGAAUCCGGCUCGAAGGACCGUAUUGUGAAAACUCUGCGUACUCUGAGAUUAAGCGUUUCCGAUUAAAAAAUUC